AGAAGGAAGACUGGCCAAUGCACAAGCUAGAGUGUUCCGCCAUGUGCGCUUUUGGGCAGAACUGGAAUCCCUCAGAGACCGUGAGGCUGACAGAGAGGAUCCUUGCCAAACAGAAAACUCAUCCUGAAAGAACACAGUCGGAGAAGCUGCUUGCUGUUAAAGAGUUUGAAUCACACCUUGACAAACUAGACAAUGAAAAGAGAGAGCUGAUUCAGAACGACAUUGCUGCUCUUCAUCACUUUUACUCAAAGCACUUGGAGUACCCUGACAAUGCUGCCCUUGUAGUUCUCUUUGCACAAGUUAACUGUAAUGGCUUCACGAUUGAAGAUGAAGAACUCUCUCAUUUGGGAUCAGCCAUAUUUCCUGAUGUUGCAUUGAUGAACCAUAGCUGUUGCCCAAAUGUGAUUGUCACUUACAAGGGGACCUUGGCUGAAGUCAGAGCUGUUAGAGAGAUUGAGCCUGGAGAAGAGGUUUUUACCAGCUAUAUUGACCUGUUGUAUCCCACGGAAGACAGAAAUGACCGGUUAAGAGACUCGUAUUUUUUUGAUUGUGAUUGCAGGGAGUGCGUUAUGAAAGAAAAGGAUAAAGAGAAACUGGAACUCCGCAAGCUGAAUGAUCCUCCAUCAGCAGAGACAGUACGGGACAUGAUCAAAUAUGCCAGGAACGUGAUUGAGGAAUUCAGGCGAGCCAAACACUACAAAUCUCCUAGUGAAUUACUGGAGAUCUGUGAACUCAGCCUGGACAAGAUGGGUGCAGUGUUUGAAGACAGUAAUGUUUAUAUGUUACAUAUGAUGUACCAGGCCAUGGGUGUCUGUCUCUACACACAGGACUGGGAAGGUGCGCUGCGUUAUGGGCAAAAAAUUAUCAGACCAUACAGCAAGCAUUACCCCUCCUACUCGCUGAAUGUUGCCUCCAUGUGGCUGAAAUUAGGGAGACUGUAUAUGGCACUGGAGAAUAGAACGGCUGGAGUUAAAGCCCUGAAGAAGGCAAUUGCUAUCAUGGAAGUAGCACACGGGAAAGAUCAUCCAUACAUUUCAGAGAUCAAAAAGGAAUUAGAGGACCACUGAGCCUUUGAAUCUAUGCAAUCCUUCAAACCUUUAUUUAAAAAGCCUUGUUAUGGAAACCUUCAGGAGCGCUUUGAAAAGCGGUAGAGUAUGAACACAGUUCUGUCCUAUAAUUGGAAUGACAAACACACUCAGGCCUUGCAAAAUGUUCCUAGCUUCCACACAUCUACAAUUGCCUUUUUUUUUUUUUUAAGGAAGCAUCCAUGAUUUCUUAAAGGUUAUGCCUUUUGACAGCUCAUGUCUAAAAAUGGCCAUGUUUUUCCUUAUGGAUUUUAAUUUGUAUUUUAUUUGUGUAAAGUAAAUAAAGUGGUUUUGAUCCUUCU